UUACCACUCCUCGCUCAUGACCAAACUAUUCAAACCCUCAUUCAACAUAUUGACAAAUAUAACAACAACAAAACUGUAUCUAGCAUCACAUUUUCUGUUAAUUCAUCUUAUGAUGAAACUCACAUAUACCUUCCUAAUGACACUCUCUUACCUGAUCAUAUUGUGAUUGCCCCACAUCUUCUUCCUAUAUUCUAUAAUCUUCCUCUCAGAUCUAAUUUCAUUAACCCUACUUCCAUUUCAUCUGAUUUAUUCUUUGACAACCAUUCUUCAACCUCUAAUU